UCGGCGCUUCGGCCCGCUAGUCCGCCGCCGGCUCUUCCGCCGCCCUGCGCCAUGGCGGGCUGCGCGGCGCGGGUUCCGCCGGGCUCCGAGGCGCGCCUCAGCCUCGCUACCUUCCUGCUGGGCGCCUCGGUGCUCGCUCUGCCGCUGCUCACGCGCGCCGGCCUGCAGGGCCGCACCGGACUGGCGCUCUACGUGGCCGGGCUCAACGCGCUACUGCUGCUGCUCUACCGGCCGCCGCGCUACCAGAUAGCCAUCCGGGCUUGUUUCCUUGGCUUUGUGUUUGGCUGCGGUGUGCUGCUAAGUUUCAGCCAGUCCUCUUGGAAUCACUUUGGCUGGUACGUGUGCUCGCUGUCAUUAUUCCACUAUUCUGAGUACUUAGUGACAGCUGUCAAUAAUCCCAAAAGUCUGUCCUUGGACUCCUUCCUCCUGAAUCACAGUCUGGAGUACACAGUGGCUGCUCUUUCUUCCUGGAUAGAGUUCACACUUGAAAACAUCUUCUGGCCAGAACUGAAGCAGAUCAGUUGGCUCAGUACCACUGGGCUGCUGAUGGUGGUCUUCGGAGAGUGCCUGAGGAAAGCCGCCAUGUUUACGGCUGGCUCCAAUUUCAACCACGUGGUGCAGAGUGAGAAGUCCGACACCCACACUCUGGUGACAAGCGGGGUGUAUGCCUGGUUCCGGCACCCCUCCUAUGUGGGCUGGUUUUACUGGAGUAUCGGAACCCAGGUGAUGCUGUGUAACCCCAUCUGUGGUGUUGUCUACGCCCUGACGGUGUGGCGCUUCUUUCGUGAUCGCACAGAAGAGGAGGAGAUCUCACUGAUUCACUUUUUUGGGGAGGAAUACUUAGAGUAUAAGAAGAGAGUGCCCACAGGCCUGCCUUUCAUAAAGGGAGUCAAGGUGGAGCUAUGACGGGCAGAGGCCUGUGGGGCCAGGGAAUCUCUGGCCCUGCGCAGCCUAGGACAAAACUACUUCGAGUUGGCCACUGCAGAAUGAGUUUCUUAAUCAUUUUAUACGUCACUAAUUACUCCACAGAAUGUCACUCAAAACCCAAUGGUCAGAAAGCCUUAGGACCAAAGGACCCACUGCAGCAUCCUCUUCCUGUGUGGGAUGAAGGUAGAACAUGGAUAAACAGUGAACAAGGAGCAUGUCACAAUGGUUCAUCAGUGCCCUUUCUACAGUGGCGGGGUGAGGACCCACGCCACAGUCUCACGCCCCCUCAGGUCAGAGUGUAUUUGCACGGUGACCAGGAUACUCAGGAGAGGACACUGCCCUCUGCAGCACUUACGCCAGAAUAUGUAGUCAGAGCUGCCGCACAACAACAUUCAAAUUGCAUCAAAAAAACCUUUAACUGAAAACACAACAUAGCUUUAACUUUCGUCUGCCGUAAGUGCGUGAAUGUCCCUGUAUUAACUCUAAAGGCCGCGACACUUCAGCUCAUCAUACAUUUACUCGUAUUCACACACCAGUUCCCUAAAUAGCAGUGGAGAUUCAAAGCGACACCGAUGCUCCAGGUUGUUUUUGGCAACAGGUAGCACAGACCCUCAAAGUGCUCUGUGGCUUUGAGCAGCCAUUGCACCUGGGCCUGAGGAUGCGGGCCCUGGGGUCUCCUGCAGCCCUGGGGUCUCCUGCAGCCCUGGGGUCUCCUGCAGCCCUGGUCUCAGCGAUUCUGGUCUCCAGGAAGUAUUUACCAGGUGCCUGUGCUAAUGUCGAGAAAUACUGCCCUCCGUGUGUUUGGGAUUUUUAGUCUCAUUUUAUCACAGCUUGUGUUUUGUAUUUUUUGUGUUGCAGUGCAGUGUGAGCCUGUCACAUUGGUUUUCCAGAGGGUAGGCACAGCUCAUGCCCCUGCGAGUUCAGGCGGGUGACCCUUAAACAGCCGUCAGUCUGGCAGCGCAGUCCGGGGUCCAUUGGCGUCUUUGUUUUGUGGGUCUGAACAUUAGCUUUUUCUAUAUUGCACAUAGAAGCUUUCAGAGGUGCAACCCCUGAUUAAUCUGGGCUUGGUCUUGAUGAGAUCCUUCCAAACUGGGGGUUUUGUUUGUUCUCCAAGCUUCUACUUCAGAUGUAGAAGAGUCUUAAGUAUCCAACAGACAAGCGUGAGCACGUUGGAUAAAGAAUCCAUCCGAAAAUGUGUGUGUGUCAGCUAACACACUUGGUCCUGAUGACAGGCAUGCUCCAGUGUGCCUCGCCUGCCCUGCUGUCUCCAACAGGUCAGCCCGCAGUACUCUGUGCAGCCAGGCGCUCUCAGACUGGAGAACAGCCUGCCUCAUCCUUGUCCCAGUACCACUGAGCAGACACUAACUGACACACUGCAGCGCUGAAAAGACUGGAUCCUUAGUAUUCCUGGCAUUCAGUCUAGCCGUCUGGUAAUCCUCAAGGACAGCCAUGUCCUCCCAGGCCUCAGAAGGCUGUCCCUUCAUGAGCACACUAGUGCAUAGAAGCACACUUGGCAAACAUUAGGUCAGGCGAGCCCAGGCCCCAAUGUCCAUGGUGUUGCUAAGCAUGCUGGCAGCUUGUGGUACCAUUGUGGGGAUGGUAAUUAAUGCCAACCUUGAAGCCAUUGGGACACCAGUCCACAAAGUGGGUGCUGCACUGGGACUUGAUGUUGGCACUGGUGGUGUUGAUGUCGUUGGGAACCGCAUCACAAUAGUGCAACUAGCGGGGAUACCUCCAUUCACCUUGGUGACCCACGUUUCCCUGGUAGGCUGGCUCAAGGCAGGGUUGAUGUGCUCUGCCACAGUGCUCACAACAGGCUUCCUCAGCAGAGGUAAUGGGUGUGUAUGGCUGGUGGGAAGUAGAUGCAGGAAUAGGGUACCUGGUGGGUCUGCAGAUGUGUCCUAUGCAUACUCAGAGGCCCAGCAACUCUGGAGGACUCAGUGAUGGAGGGUGUUCUGGCCAAGAGGGUGGUUAAAGUAAAUAUGGGUUGAGUGCUGAAUAUUGAGAUAUCCUAGGACCUUGUCAGACAAGGAGGAACAGUCAGGUGGGUGGUAUUGUGCUGUAGGAUUCAACCAGAGUUGUUGAAACCUUGGGGGCUGUAUAAAUGGGGAAUUCUAGCUUGUUCUUGCCAUAAUAGGCAUUCCAACAACAGGGAGGUGACCCCAGUACCUGCUCCUCCUAAACUUCUGAGAAUUCAGAAACCUCAAAGACUUGUGCACUGGUCAGUCAGCUCAAGAAGCCAGGGAAGCAGGCAGAGCGGAGAAUUCACCCAGCGGGAAGCGCCCUGGGGCCAGCCUGCAGGCUUCAUUCACUGCUCAGGAGUAGGCAUCUGAGACUGGCUUACACAGUGGCCUGCAGGGCCUGAGUGAACCACCAGACUGACUUCCUGAUAGGCCAGAGCCUCAGGACCACCCCAGAGCCUGCAGUGGCACUAGCAGUGUGAGGGUGAAGGUGGUGGGAAUGUGCCCAGCGCUGCCUCCUCGCCCUCACGCCCUGGGCUCAGGCCUCCCCGGCGGUAGGAUGGGGCCAGUACCUCCUACCUACCUCACAGGGUUGUUGUGAGGGACAGUGUCGGCUUUGUUUUUUGUUUGUUUUAAAGAUCAGAGAUUCUAUUAAUUCUUUUGCAAUUUCAUUGUAUAGUGUAUAUUUAUCCUAUUUAAUCUCAACCCCUCCCAUCUUCUCCCACAUUCAUGCCCCCUUCCAGACCCCUCUCCUUUGUGUCCUCUUUAUUUUUCCUUGAAACAAUUUUUUGUUUGUUUAGCUUUUUUAUUGACUCAUGGGAUUUUCACAUCAUGUACCCCGAUUUUUCUCGCCUCCUGGUCUCCUCCCGGUGUCAGGCGUUUUAAUGCUUAGGGGAGCUGGAUGGCAUAAUGAAAUCUUUCAGUAUGAGAACUGAGUUUCUAUGUGUUAACUGAAAAUAGCUGAUGUAUGUUCAAAAAACAGUUAGCCAGCUCAGAAGUAAUGUAUUUUUGUGUUCUAUAUACCAAAGAGGCUUACAGGUUUCCAGUAUCGGCAUGAGGCCAGUUGCUUUAGGAGCUGCCAGCCCUCAGGACCUCCUGAGGCAUGCAGAGUUCUGUGGUAGCCAUGACUAUUGUCCACACCUAGCUGCCCAGGAAUAACCGUGUUGGGACAGCAAUACUCAGUUUUGAAAUGUGAGUGGAUCCAGACCACACCUCCCGAAGCUCACCCCACUCACCAGGCUACAAAUGGGAGGGAUGGAUGUUUGGCAGUUACCCAGCUCUUUCUCAGCCUGCAUCCCCCUUGAGGGCCAUGAAGUUGUCUUUUUGAUGAGUGGAGAGCAGCCCUUGGCAUUGUGGAUGGUAAGGCUGAAUGUUGGCAUUUGAUGUCACCCUCCAGCUGCCAGAGGCUGGAAAGCUCAGCCUUGUGGCAGGCCAGGAGAGAGGGAGCCCAGGCUGUGGGAUCUCUUGGUAAGAGGCUUCAUUGUACCCUAGGAGAUUUAAGGUUGUGUUUUUUAAGGAAUAAUUCCAAGGUGUGAGUGGAGGAAGAACAGGCCCACUCUCCUGAAACUUGUGGGUGAAAGUCAGCAGUCCACAAUGGAAUAUGAGCUCCUUAGUGGUAGGAUUUGGCCGCUUAUUGCUUUCCUCUGGUGCCGUAGUCCAGAGAUUAUCCUUAACUUUAUAAAUGUAGCAGUGACAGGUGGUGGCAGAGAAUCAGGCUAAUGAGGCUUUUCAGGUAUUAGACAGGCCGCCAUGCCCUAGGACUUCCACAGAUUAUAGAACCGUCAGGAGAUUGUCUAGUUUCAGACUUCAGAUUGGAAGUUCUUGGGUGGAAAGUAGGUACCACACAGAGAAAAGGCUACUUGGCAAUCAUGGAAACAUUCAGGAGGCCCUGCAGUUUGCAGAGGAACGAGCCUUCAAUCAGGGCAGAAAACAGACAGUGGUGGCCUUGGUGGGAGCUGCUGCUUAGUCCUAGGAUGUACACUUUAUUAAUUCUUCCCACGUAGUUGCUGACUUGGGGGCUGGUGUGUCAGGGAGGCCGUUUUUAGCGUCAGGUCCCUGAGGGCUCAGCCAAAGCUCCUAGGUCCUAUUCUCCCGCCAUCUCCCUGCCUUAGGUAGCUCCCCUUUUACAGUGGCAGCAAGGUCAGUGCCCUCAGCCUUCCUGAUGGGCGGGCAGCUGCACAGCUCUGGGAAGCUUGUACCUCGAUCUUCCUGAGCCUGGCCAGCCUCCAUCCUGAGUGAGUGGAGGCUGCUUGUCUGACCCAUCGAAAGGAGGGGGAAUUACGGAGUAAUUACUGUACUCUUCUUUUUACACACAGAAAUGUUUAUUUAAAUAUAUUAAAUGGGAUUUUCUUUCA